AUGGACCUCGCCAUCGUCACCAUUCCCCCUCUCACCGACCACACGCACACCGUGGUCUUCCUCCACGGCCGCGGCGACAAUGCCAAGGACUUCGCCUCCUCGAUCCACUACUCCACCACCUCCCGCGGCUUCACCCUUCCCGAGGCCUUCCCGUCCUUCCGCUGGGUCUUCCCGUCCGCCGGCAUCUUGGACGUCGCGUGCAUGCCCGGCGACCGCCGCAGCCAGUGGUUCGACAUCUGGGACGCCAGCAACUUCAAGGACCACGAAGAGGUCCAGCAGCCGGGCCUGCGCGAGAGCGUCGCCGCCCUGCGCAAGAUCCUGCGCAGCGAAGCCGAGACGCUCAGCGGACAAUGGGGCAAGGUCGUCCUCGCCGGCAUCAGCCAGGGCGGCGCUGUCGGCGCACACACGCUGCUCAACCUCGCCACCGACGGCGAGACGCGCCUCGGCGCCUUCCUCGGCUUCUCGUCUCGCCUGCCGUUCCCCGAGCGGUCGCUGUCGGAGACGAGGAACGUCCUGGCCCUCGAGGGUGUGCCUACGGGCAAUGGCGUUCUGAGGAAGACGCCUGUGCUUCUGGAGCAUUGCGUGGACGACCCUCUUGUGCUGGUGGAUUGGGGCCGGCAGCUGAGAGACCAGCUCGUCAAGUUCGGCGCCCAGGUGACGUGGAAGGAGUACCCAGACGGCGGCCACUGGUUCAAUUCUCCAAAGGGCAUCGACGAUGCCGUGGCUUUCAUCAGUCAGUCAUUAGAUGUACGAAGUGUGUGA